CUGACCUUGUUCCAGACCUUGAGAUUAUGCUCCACCAGUGCGGCAUAUCAACCUUUGCCCAUAAACCCUACUUGGUAUGAUAUGGCAAAGAAGGCAAUGAAAGGAAAAGAUCCGAACUCACUCAUUUGGGACACACCCGAAGGUAUUGCCAUCAAGCCGCUUUAUCUUAAAGAAGACCGAAAAUGUGACGAGUACCGAGAAAGCGAGCUUCCUGGCAAAUACCCAUUUAGUCGUGGGCCCUAUCCAACAAUGUACACCCAGCGUCCGUGGACCAUUCGGCAGUAUGCAGGCUUUUCAACCGUAGAAGAAUCUAAUGCAUUCUACAAAGAGAACAUCAAAGCCGGACAACAGGGGCUUUCAGUGGCUUUCGAUUUGGCUACACACAGAGGAUAUGACUCUGAUAACCCACGUGUAUACGGUGAUGUUGGUAUGGCUGGUGUUGCUGUCGAUUCAGUGGAGGACAUGAAGCAAUUGUUUGACGGUAUCCCACUUGACAAGAUGAGCGUAUCCAUGACCAUGAAUGGCGCAGUAAUUCCUGUGCUUGCGAUGUACAUAGUCGCUGCCGAAGAAUCUGGUGUUGAUCGUAAAUUACUAACUGGUACCAUUCAAAAUGAUAUUCUCAAAGAAUUCAUGGUCCGCAACACAUAUAUUUACCCACCGGAUCCAUCGAUGCGUAUUAUUGGCGAUAUUUUUGCUUAUACCAGUAAGGAAAUGCCGAAAUGGAACAGUAUCUCCAUUUCUGGAUAUCAUAUGCAGGAAGCAGGUGCUGACGCCGUGCUUGAGAUGGCUUUCACAAUCGCCGAUGGAAUUCAGUACUGUCAAACAGGACUUGAUGCUGGUUUAACCAUUGAUCAGUUCGCACCUCGACUCAGCUUUUUCUGGGGAAUUGGAAUGAAUUUUUACAUGGAAAUUGCCAAAAUGCGGGCAGCUCGUCGUCUGUGGGCAAACCUCCUUACUGAAAUCUUCCAACCCAAAAACAGCAAGUCGCUCAUGCUUCGCACACAUUCCCAAACCAGUGGGUGGUCGCUUACAGAACAGGAUCCAUAUAAUAAUAUUAUUCGCACCACUAUCGAAGCAAUGGCAUCUGUAUUCGGUGGUACUCAGUCACUACACACGAAUUCGUUUGAUGAGGCUCUUGGUUUACCAACAAAAUUCUCUGCCCGUAUUGCGAGGAACACGCAGAUCAUUAUCCAAGAAGAAAGUGGCAUUUGCAAGGUUGCGGAUCCAUGGGGAGGUUCGUACAUGAUGGAGUCAUUGACUGAUGAACUCUAUAACAAAGCUAGAAAGGUGUUCGACGAAAUCACUGAGUUGGGUGGUAUGGCAAAAGCAGUAGCAUCUGGGAUGACUAAGUUGAGAAUUGAGGAGGCUGCAGCUAAGAAACAAGCCAGGAUCGACGCCGCUAAAGACGUUAUUGUGGGCGUCAACAAGUAUCGACUUGAACAGGUAGUUGAUGUAUUACACGUCGACAAUCAAAAAGUACGAGAAAAACAGAUUGCAAAAUUAGAGCAUAUUCGAAAAACAAGAGAUCCUCAACGAGCAAAGGCCGCUCUUGAAGCCAUCACAAAGGGCGCUGCAGGGAAAGAGAAUCUCCUGGAAUUGGCUGUUGAAGCAUCGCGAGCUCGUUGUUCUGUUGGGGAGAUCAGUGACGCUAUGGAGAAGGUUUUCACUCGAUAUGCUGCUGUCAACAGAAUGGUGUCCGGCGCCUACAAGUCUGAGUUUGGAGAGACUAGUGAGAUCGAUCAGGUAAUGGAGCGCGUAAAAGCUUUUGCUACUAAGGAAGGUCGCCAGCCGCGUAUCAUGAUUGCCAAGAUGGGUCAGGAUGGUCACGAUCGUGGCGCAAAGGUCGUGGCGACUGGUUUUGCUGACCUUGGAUUUGACGUUGAUGUUGGACCCCUAUUUCAAACCCCUGCUGAGGCAGCACAACAAGCUGUCGAUGCCGAUGUGCACGCGAUUGGCGCGAGUAGUUUAGCUGCUGGUCAUCUCACACUUAUACCUGAACUCAUUCAAGAGCUUGGUAAGCUUGGAAGAGAAGAUAUUAUUGUGAUUGCCGGUGGUGUUAUUCCACCUCAGGAUUAUGAUGCAUUAUACAAAGCCGGAGUGUCGUUAAUCUUUGGACCUGGAACCAGACUACCAACUUGUGCCAAUCAGGUUCUUGACAAGUUGGAACAAGGACAGGAGAAACAGAGCGCGAAGUCGUAA